GUCCCUUCUAUCUGCCAUUUCCCUAAUUCUUCGCUCCUCCUACCCCGAACACUGGGCCGCCGCCGGCGGCGGCCUUUACGCCCGCGCCGUAGACUCCGCCUUCUUUCGUUGCCGCUGUUCUCCCCUGCAUCAGCCAUCGAGGCCCUCUCCCCCUUGGCCGUCGUCCGUCGUGAACCCCUCCCCCCUCCCCCUCCCCUCUUCCCCCUGCAUCGGCCGCCGUCGGGUUCCCCAUCCCCGACUGUCAUCCUCUCACGCUGCCUCCCCCUACGCCAAACAGAAGGGCGAUUUGGGAUUUCAGGCACCAGCCUUCCCAAAAGCAAGUUCCAACCCAGAAAAGGAGGGCCUUGUUGCUACGCAAGUGUCCAUGGCAGCUGCAACUGGUUAUGACGGCCCAAAUGAUGAGGAGUUGAAUGCGUAUGCCGACCUAAGGCCGCAGCCUUCGGGCAUAGUCUAUGUCUUUGGUGCCUAUUGCUCUAAGUCUCCGGUCUUCGGAAGAGGCCGCCUAGAUGACCGCAUCGCCCCACAACCUUGCGAUUGGCAGGGCAACCUUGUGCUAACUGGUCCAGGAAGAGCCAUCUCGGCAGAUGGACCUAUCUGGUUCCGCAUCCAUCUUGAAGACAACAGUCAAGAUAGCUCUACUGAAGAAACCUGGAAGAAGAGUGUGAUUUUAUACCGUGAGGACCCUGCACUUGACAGGCCGCUAUUAGAGACUGCCAAUACUCCUUACGGUCCUGUGGAGGUAACCUAUGCCAUCCUGAGCCAGGGAGUUGAAUGCGAAGUUGCUGUGAGGCUUACUCAUCGCGAUGUAAAAGAUCCUAUCAGCCUUUUUGGAAGAAUUAUCGCUCGCAGCGAGCUGUUUGAUAUUGGCUGCGUGCUUUUCUACAAUGAAGAUGUGAAGGACAUAUGUGCACGAUCAGGAGAGCUGAUUCCCUUGGCUAGAAGCCAGCUUGCGGUGCCACUGCACAAGGUGCUGGUAAUUGAAUUGGAUCUGCACUCUGAUUGUGGUGAUGAGAUCAUGAGAGGCACACUAGAGUUUGAUCCCUUGCCCGAAGGCGAGCAAAUGGGGCGUCUUAUCAGCAAGAGUGGUACUGAAAUCGAAGUGAAGAUCAUCAUUUCACAAUACCUUAGGUAGUGUGUUCGUUGGUCGAGGUGGGUCACUUUAAUAGCAUAUGAUCAAGACUCUGGAUGCCUGUGUGCCCAGUCCCCUGUGUUGUAGUACUACAAAAGCUUCCUCUACUCUCAUAUUACAUCCAUUAUCAGGCCAAAAGUAAAAUGUUUGCACAGUGACAGUACCCUGUGGCGGAAUGUUAAUAUAUGAUCUGAUGAAAUUCUAAGUUCA